UCUCCUUGCGAACCGAUGUGUUCUUAAACGUCCGAUAAAUAAACACAAUAUUGUGGUAGUAAGAAGACACUGUUUUCUUUAUGAGGUUUGUCAUUAAUGAAGUACUAAUGUUCGUUUGGCGCCCAGCGGCGGUCUCCUCCUCCUGGUCCUGGUGCCGGGCCGGUUCGUCCUGUCCGCCAUCAUGACAGCGGAGGAGCUGCUGAGGAAGGACUGGUACUCAGUGCUGGAAGCCAGUCCGUCCGACGCACCGCACGAGCUGCGGCGCAAGUACCAGAGGCUCGCGCUACUGUACCACCCAGACAAACAGAGUCCAGAUUUGGCGGCAGAGCAAGUGCAGCGCCACAUGCAGAGGUUCAUCGAGGUCGACCAGGCAUGGAAGAUCCUGGGCAAUGAGGAGACAAAGAGAGUGUAUGACCUCCAGCGACGUGCCAAAGAGCUGAAGCAGAGCUGGCCAGUCGACGCCCACAUAUGCCUGGGUGACAUGAGCUGGGAUGAUGAAGAACAAGUCUACACCUACAACUGCCGCUGUGGUGGCCUUUAUAUCAUUGGAAUAGAAGAAGCAGAAGUGGAAUCUGUCAUUUGCUGUGACACCUGUUCACUAAGUAUAGAAGUCCAGAGGGCUUCCUGAAGACCCAAGAUAAAU